GUGUCGACUCAGGCGGCCACGGAUGGGGAGGCGGCUGAGUUUGCUUUGCACACUAUUAGUGAUCAUCUCGUUAUGCCUUCCGAGUACACCCCUUCAGCUUUGGACAGUCACAGGAGACUUGCAGAGACCGCUUCGCGGUUCUUCUUUUCGGCUCAGAUUGGGUUCUCGCAGGUCAUUCUGUUGAAUGACCGCCUGUCCCGGACUGUGGAGGACAAUGCCGUUGAGAUAGCGAAACUGAAGAAAAGCGCCGAUGAAGGGCGGGAGACUAUGAUGGGU